ACAAUAUUUUUGCAAAGGUCAUCGAACAAAGACGUUUAGUGACUUAUCAAAUUUUCUGUAAUUUCCAUGGAUGGAAACAAGUACGUGUACUAAUUAGUAAUAAACUACACUAACAUGGUAAAAUAAUAAUAUACAUCCUGUUCACUUGAUCCUUCGUGUAUCCUCUCGUUUCAACACAAUGGCAUCCGAAUUCAAACCACACCCUCAAGCCUCCCAAAUUGCGACAAGGUUAUGGCAUGCUGAUAAAAAUAGACUAACUCCAGGCGUAGACUACGACCUUGAUUUACAAGGAUACACAAAGAGUUAUCAAAGGACAGAUAGGGCUAGAAACCCACUUUUCAGCUGGGUAAAGCCAGAUGUUUUUGAGAGGCCAACAUACAAAGCUUUUGUUGCCUUGUUGGAUAACUAUGAGAGAGACACUGGUCGAGCUGAAGUGGUAACUCAAGAGGAAAUUAAUGAAAACAGAAGAUUUAUUGAUCUAAUCAUGGAAACGGAACCUAUGAAGAUAGCCCACGAGGUCUUGGCAAAAGCCAAGAAAUCUCCACCAGACAUCCGGGGAUUUAAACAUCAACUUUAUCAAAUCUGGUUUGAAUUGUACUCAAGAACAAAAGGAAACAGAAACAAAGAUUCUUCUGGAUUUGAACAUGUUUUUGUUGGAGAGAGUCGAGAUAAAGAAGUCAUUGGCUUUCACAACUGGAUACAAUUCUAUAUUCAAGAAAAACUUGGUAAUGUGGAUUAUCAAGGCUACAUUAGAGGACGUGGUGUACGAGGGAAACCCAGUGAAGACACUCAUUUGAUUACCAUCCAAUUUGAAUGGAAAAAUCAAGUGAAGCCUGUUGGCAGCUCCUUCAUUGGAACAAGCCCAGAAUUUGAGGUGGCCCUGUAUACUGUGUGUAUGUUAAUGGACUCCUCUGGCGUUACUAGUAUUGAGAUGGAUGACAUGGAUCUGACAAUUACAACACAUCGUUUCAUUAGUCGUGGAAAUGACCAUAACGAGAGACAGUUCAUUGCAUCCUCUUUUCCCAAAGCAAUGUGAACAGCAAUUUUAAUUUAUGGGUAGGGGAAACAAAACAGUUGUUCUUCUGCAAAAAAUUUAUAUCAUGUUGACAAUGGAAUUUUCAGAAGUUCAUAGUAACAUAAGCAUUGUCAAGAAUAAUGAAUAAAGAGCAAUUACACCAUCUCUCCUUGAGAUA